UGCACUGUCAACAUUUUUUAUUUAUAUAAAGUGUGGGUGAAUUUAAACUGUAUGGCUAUGCUGUGGUUCCUGUAGUAGGCGUUGCGUGCGGUGGGGGGUGGCUCCAUGUCCAUUUUGCUUUUUGGCCCCCAAAUUCCUUGAAACGGCCCUGGAAAACAUGAUGAAAAGUGUCUCGGACCCGAGCGGUCUGCACCGGAUUGAGCAACUGGACAAUGCUGCGAACCUAAAUGACUUAAUGGGACCUCCUCCGAUAAAUUCAAGGACGAUGAAAACUAGCUGCGCAUCUAGCUUCAAUGGACACCCAACAGGUCCCUGGGGGAAAUGAUUUAAUAGUUUAUAUCUAGGCUACAUUUUUUUUUUCUGAUUACUGAUUGUACUGAUUGAACUUUGAAGUGAAAGUUGCAAAGUGUGGGGUCUGAAAUGUAGGCUACUCAAAACAUAAACGUAGGAGAAGUAUAGGGCCUAUCAUAGUCUUUUUAAAUGACUUUUCUUUUACCUGCUGUUUCUGGACAAUGCUAAGUUAACCCAAUAGGGCACAACUAUAGUCUAUAGCUAGUCCUAUUGGCCCAGAUCUUGAUCGUAUGCCGACAACUAAGAUCUUAGGCUAUAUAAGGGUCCCGACCCAACCAAAGAUACAUGUUGGAGUCACAAAAGCAUUUCAGUAACACUAACAUUAACUGUGAGUUACACAUGUAGGCCUAUAAACCUGUGUAUAAUUUGUGCUCAGGGAUGAAGCAGACUUUAGAGCAGAGGGAUGCUCUCCAUGCUGCAGAAUAGGAGGAAAUAUGGAACUCCUCAGACAUAAACCCUGAGCAGAAAAGCGACAUUGUGAAGCUGCUGCAGAGCAAGAACCGUCUGAUGGGGACGAUUGCGAACUUGCAGAAGGCACUCAAUGCUUGUGAGGAUUCAAAUGCUGAACUGGAAGUUCAGAACACUGUCCUGAAGAACCAGAUGAGAAGCAUGAACAUGUCCAUCAAGGCCAUGGAGCAGUACAGGACAGAGAUGGAUGAAAUUCGGGCGGCACUAGCUGAGAGCCAGAUGGCCAACAGCAGCCUCAAAGCACAAAAUAAUAAGCUGCAAAAAGAAAAUAAAGUCCUGAGCAACGUCAUUGGAGCCAGCAACAAUGAGAUGUCUGAUGUUUUGUUUGCAAGCGAUACAAACAAGAAGAAGAUAGUAGAUCUUACCCAACACAUCAAGGCUUUGGAGAAACAACUGGAGCAAACAACAGUGGAGCUUGAGGAACAAGGCCAAAUUAUUAUCAAUAAAAAAUGUAUGAUUGACCAGCAAAAAGCCUCACUGGAAGAGAUGAAUGCCAUUGAACUGAACCUGAAGGCAAGGAUCAAGGACCUGGAAAACCAGUUGGAAAUGGCCCUGAUAACUGGACGUGGAAGUUUCCUGAAGCAGGAUGGUACUGCCACUGAGAAUCAACUUUCUUUGGCUGAUGAGCUGGGACAACUAUCUGGUUUUCAGAAUUCUGCAAGUCCUCCUUUGUACCAGGUGGAAUUUGAUGAUGAUGUGGAGUUAGACGAAAGUGCGGAGUUUGAGGUAGAUGUAAUGGAGCGAUCACAUGUCAAAGCCUUAGCAGAUGAGCUGAAAGAGGCAUUGGAUGAGGACACACACAAGGAGAAGGAAGAAGCAGUCACCUGCAAGAGCAUGGAGAUGACCCUCCGUCAUGGGAUGGAAGAAUCCAGAAAACAUGAGGAGGUCGAUGAGGUCAUCAAUCAUGUUGAGGUGAAAGAGGAGGUUACAGAUGAGACAGUGGAGAUGGACAUCAGUUGUGAGGAGAUGGUCAAGCAUGAGAUGAGAGAGGCACAGGAGCCUGAGGUGAUGGAGCAACUCAUCAGGCAAGGGGACAUUCACGAGUCCAUCAAACUUGAGAUGGGGAAGGCAGAGUUUAAUAACUAUGUGGAUUCAGGUGCUGAGAGGCCUGUCCGGGCACAAAUCAGCCUCCUGGAGGAGGAAAACAAACCAGACGAGAAGAGCAGUGUUUGUCUGGAGCAGACCCAUAGAAGCUUCCAGAGAGCCGCGUUGGUCACUGGUGCUAUUGGGCUCGGCUUGCUCAUUUUCUUAAAAAUAAAGGCUUGAAUAAGCUGA